GUGGGGGCUGUGGCCCCAGGGGUCCGAGGUGGGGCCCCGCACCAGCCCCUUCACUGUUUGCGGAGAGUCAGGGAGGCGGAAAAGAAACGAUCUCCCGACCCCUGUCAGAGCCUGAGGCCCAGGCCCAUCCCCCGCGCGUCUCCCAGGCUGCGGGGCGCGGGGGGCUGCUGGGUGCGCUUGGCUGCCACACGGCGCGUUAGAGACUUUAUUGCGAUGGGGCGAUAAGAGGGGCGGGGGCCGGGGCCGGGGGCCGAGGCGGCGGUGCUGUAAUUAAAACGGAAAUUGCGGCCCCUGCCCGAGCGGGGGCUGGAGGGUUCCAAGCAGCCGGGUAGCUGGGCGCGUAGCUCCAGGACACCCUCCUUUAGACCCCCCCGCCCCCCGCACCUCCACCACACCCGGGCUGCCCCCUCCCGCCAGGCCCUGCCGGACCCGGCGCGGCGCCGUCUUCUCCCCGUCACCCGCGGUCGCCUCGGGCGGGGAUCGGUGCCCCAGAGCGCAAAGCCUGACGCGUCCCCCUCUUUCAUCCCCCCCCCCCCCCCACUCCCACCGCCCAGUCCCCGGCGGCGAUGAGACAGAGCGGCGCCUCCCAGCCCCUGCUGAUCAACAUGUACCUGCCAGAUCCCGUCGGAGACGGUCUCUUCAAAGAAGGGAAGAGCCCUGGCUGGGGGCCGCUGAGUCCUGCAGUACAGAAAGGCAGCGGGCAGAUUCAGCUGUGGCAGUUUUUGCUGGAGCUGCUGGCGGACCGCGCGAACGCCGGCUGCAUCGCGUGGGAAGGUGGCCACGGCGAGUUCAAGCUCACCGACCCAGACGAGGUGGCGCGGCGCUGGGGCGAGCGCAAGAGCAAGCCCAACAUGAACUACGACAAACUCAGCCGCGCGCUGCGCUACUACUACGACAAGAACAUCAUGAGCAAGGUGCACGGCAAACGCUACGCCUACCGCUUCGACUUCCAGGGCCUGGCGCAGGCCUGCCAGCCGCCCCCCGCGCACGCCCACGCCNUCCUCCUUCCCCGCGCCGCCGCCGCCGCCGCCCAGGACGGCGCGCUCUACAAGCUGCCCGCCGGCCUCGCCCCGCUGCCCUUCCCCGGCCUCUCCAAACUCAACCUUAUGGCCGCCUCUGCGGGCGUCGCGCCCGCCGGCUUCUCCUACUGGCCCGGCCCGGGUCCCGCAGCCACCGCCGCCGCCACCGCCGCGCUCUAUCCCAGCCCGGGCUUGCAGCCUCCGCCGGGGCCCUUCGGCGCCGUCGCCGCCGCCUCGCACUUGGGGGGUCAUUACCACUAG